UUGAAAACUGUCAUUAUGGAUAAGAAUCAGGUCUUUGAGCGAGAGAGCAAAGUGGCCGGGCUCUUAUCUCAUCAAGACAUACAGAUUCUGGUGCAGAUACGAGCGGAACACGACCAUCAUCCACCUUGCGUUGCUUGACCGAAAGCAUCAGAAAUGGCAGAAGGCCUAUUGGAUGAAAACAAGAACACACCAAGUUGUGAGAAAGACGAAGAACGAAACGAGGAAGAAUUCUCCUUACGUUGUGGAUACAGAUCUUGGAGACCGGAUUUUUUGCAAAGAUUCGUGAGUCCAAAAUGGUUCAUCUGCGCAUUGUCCUUGUUUUCUGUGACGCAAGGGAUCCUUGUAAAUGGUCUGACUGGCGUGACAAUCCCAGAUAUUGAAAAGGAAUUUGGAUUUUCAAGCAGCAGUGCUGGCAUCAUUCUUGCUUCAAACGACAUCGCUGGGAUUAUUCUCGUACCCUUAGUCAGUUUCUGGGGCACCCAUGGCAGAAAACCUAAGUGGAUUGGCUUUGGUGGUAUUGCUACAGGACUCGGUGCACUUAUCUAUGCUUUUCCGAAAGCACUUGCUGGCGCAUACAAUAUCCCUGGCACAGGAGGCAUUAAACCAUUUUGCCUUAAAGAUGGAACGGGGAACAUUUGCACGACAGGCAGAUACAGCUCUUCAACAUUGUACCUUUUCAUUCUCUGUUUGGGACAGUUUGUCAUGGGUGCUGGGACAACUCCGCUGUAUACACUUGGGCCUGCAUACAUGGACGAGAAUGUCAAUCCAAAGGUGUCACCAAUCUACCUCGGUAUUUGGUUCGCUACGACCUUUUUAGGGCCAGGACUUGGAUAUGCGGUGGGAGGAACCUUUCUCAGAAUAUUUACGGAUCUAAAAGUGCCAGCCGGUGCCAACAUCAAUCCGCGUGAUCCAAGGUGGGUCGGUGCUUGGUGGAUGGGAUACUUUGUUUUCUCUUGGUUCCUACUUCUCAGUGGCUUGCUUCUUCUGUGCUUUCCAAAAGAGAUGCCUCGUUACAAGAAGAAACGCGACCAGGCUCUUAAAGACGGCGCCCUAUUACAGGCUGAUGCAGAGCUUGGCAAAGACCUUCGCAGCUUCUUAACAGCAACACUUCGCUUAUUGAAGAACCCAACCUUCAUGUUCUCUGUUCUUGGAUUGACUGUCAGAACCCUGUAUGGAUCCGCGAUUGGCUCCUUCUUUGCCAAGAUUAUACUUCUAAAGUUUGGUGGAAGCACGUUUGAGAUCUCAAUCGCAACUGGCGUCAUCCUGCUUCCUGGAAUGGCGGGAGGCAUUAUGAUUGGCUCAUUCAUCAUGAAAAAGGUUCCAAUAAAAGAUUCUGCUAAAAAAGCAGCUUUCAUUUGUGCCACUUUGAGUCUCUUGACCAUUGGCGGUUCAGCUACCUUUAUGAUUCCCGGUUGCAGGACUACGGUAAUGGCUGGAGCAACUACGCCUUAUGCUAACAGCACUGACGUUGGUUCAUUGACUGCAAAAUGCAAUGCUGGUUGUGCUUGUUCACGUCAGAUGUAUGCACCUGUUUGUGGUACUGAUGGCAAAUCGUAUUUUUCACCAUGUCACGCUGGUUGCCAGGGGGCAAUAAGCAAAACGAGUUUUAUUCAAUGUCGUUGCAUCACGGGAGCACCAUUCAGACGACACAACUCAACCAAUAUUACUAGCAUCGAUAUGAUGAAACUUAAAGCUAAACAGUUCCAGAGUGGAAUGGUCCCAUUUCCGAAUUCCUCUGUUUUUGUUAACGUGACCAACAUGAAUUCUUCAAAGUUCAAUUUGAAGGCUGAAGCUAACUUCGGAUUAUGCGACAAGGACUGUAAAAAUGCAACAUUAUUUAUGGGACUCUGUUUCUUGUUGAUACUGGUAAUGUUCCUGACGGCCACACCUCAGAAGCUAAUUUUGUUAAGAUGCGUUCCUGACAACCAGCGAGCAUUUGCCCUUGGGCUACAGUUCUUAUUCAUGCGCAGUCUGAGUUUCAUACCAGGUCCAGUCAUAUUUGGUGCAGUCAUUGAUUCACAGUGUAUCUUAUGGAGUAAAGACAACUGUGGAAACCGUGGAAACUGUCUGGACUACCAUGUGAAUUCACUCUCUAAAAACAUAUUCUACUUGGGAAUGGUAACUGCAUCAAUUGGAACAGUGUUUUAUUUUAUGGCCUGGUAUUUUUACAAGCCACUGGAGACCACUAAUGAGAAGCUGCAACACAAUGCUGAAGAUGGUCUUCUGUUGGAUGAGACAACAAAAGAGAAAUCAGAUGAGAAUGGUGAUUCCAAGGCAGUGUAAACUCUACCCCUUGAGGACAGGCUCAAAAAGAUUGGAUAGCCAAUGUAUCAUAAAUGCUUUGAUGAAUUCCUAGUUGAAAAGGAUUUUUUGGCUUGCUUUGGAUGAAAGAUGGCCUUACAUCUAACAUAAUUAUCUAAUGAAGAUGGUCUUACAUAUAACAUAACUAAUAGUGAUCCUUUCAGACCUUUAUUAUCUGUUUCACCUUUUUGUUCAAAAUAUCAUUAAAAAUAAUAAAUGAAGGAUAAGGCAAUAAUGUCAAAUAUUAUUAAGGUAAUAAGAUAAAUAAGGAAUUCAUUUUACAUUUAGACAGUAUUAAAUUUCAAAUUUUGAAUCUUGAUUUUACUUGUUCCAUCACAGAAAUUGGGUAUGCAUUAAAAUGGAAUUUUAACUAAUAAAGUGCCAAUAAAAGUUAAAAUUAUUGAUGUUUUUUAUCAUUAAAAGUUAGAAUUGCUAUAGAUGUAAUCAGUCAUUCGAGAAAAAAAACACUUUUAUAGAAGAAAAUUUUUAGCUGUAAUUUUUUAUGAUGUAUUUGUUUUAUGCUUUUAGAAACAUUUGCAUAUAUUUCAAUGUAAAAAUUAAAUGGUUUUCACCUGCUAUUUUUGUUUAAAAAUUUAUUUUUUAUAUAAUCAAUGAUUAGUUGAAUUUUAUACAAAGAGCUUAGAAACCAGGGGAUUUAAACUUAUUCAAAUUUGCAAUAAAGAUCUGAAUUAUCUACUGAUAGAAUAUAUUUUAACUAAUGUUGUUAUAUCAGUGCUUUUUGAAUGAAUGCCAGCUCUGCUCAA